AUGAUGACUGAUUCUGCUAACAUAGUUGAUAUUCAUCCAACGGAAUAUGAUCCAAAUCAAGAGAUUGAAAAUAUUAAUUCAGAACAAAUUAGACAAGUUACUGCAAGCAUUAAUCAGGAUUUUUCAAAAAAUUAUGUUCGGUUAACAAUUAAAAUUCCUCAAAUGAAAACCUAUCUUAAUUGGCGUACAUUAAGUCGUAAUACAAAAAAUGGUGUUACAACCAAAGCAGCAUAUAAUGAAAAUCGAGUUUAUUUUCAAUUUAUUCUUAAUCAAGGUAAAUUAACAGAGACAAAAUAUGAAUAUUCAUCAAGAGAGCCGUUUCAUGGUCUUAUUGAGUAUAAUAAAAGUUAUUUUAAAUAUAAAGACGAACGUGUGAUUUGGUUUAUACAUAAAGCACAAUCUUGGUGA